GUUGCAGGUUGUCGCUGAGACGCAGACAGGAUGAAACUCUGAUCAAAACACAGAAAACAAGCUGCUGCUGACGUCACCAUGGCUCUACAGGCUGAAGCUCUGUACGACUUCACGGCUGAACCAGGAAACAACGAGCUGUCGGUCCGACGGGGAGAAACCGUCACCGUGCUCGACCAGACUGUGGGAGGCGGCUGGAUCCAAGCCCAGAACUCCGGCGGACAAACCGGACUGGUACCUGAGGGAUACUUACAGGUCGGCGGCGGCGCUGAAGGAGAUGGGGACCCCGGGUCAGGGCCCGGGGUAUUUGGAAGUACCACAACAGGAUGGGACAGUCAGGGAUAUACAAACACACAUCAAGCAGCCGUCGACGACGAUGACGGCGAAUGGGACGACGACUGGGACGACCAAUCAGAUGCUGGUUACCGUGGUGACGAUCAGCUGGAUGAGGAGGGCGGGGCUUCAGGACGGAGCACCCUAGGGCCCUCCGUGAAGAUCUCCCUAAACAAGUUUCCGUUCUCCAAAGGUCCGAGUCCUGAAGUCUUCUUGUUGACUAAACCUCCAGCCGACCCCAGAGAAUCACUUCCUGUUUAUGUUGGAGAAGUCGGUCCGGUCUGGUUUUACCCGCCGACUCCUCUGGACUGUUUGAUCGCCGAUCCAAAGAAAGAGUCCAAACUGUACGGCCUGAAGAGCUUCAUCGAGUACCAGAUCACCCCCACCACGACCAACAGACCUGUCAAUCAUCGCUACAAGCACUUUGAUUGGCUGUAUGAGCGUCUGCUGGAGAAGUUCGGCUCGGCUCUGCCAAUCCCGUCGUUGCCCGACAAACAGGUGACAGGCCGGUUCCAGGUGGACUUCAUCAGGAUGCGGAUGGAGCAGCUCCAGUCCUGGAUGACCCGGAUGUGUCGUCACCCCGUCGUCUCUCAGAGUGACGUCUUCCAGCUCUUCCUCACCUACAGAGACGAGAAGGACUGGAAGUCUGGGAAGAGGAAGGCGGAGCGAGACGAGACGGUGGGACCGAUGAUGUUCAGUCUGAUCCAACCCGAGGCCGCAGAGCUGGACGCCAACGAGGUUGAACAGAAGUGUGAACUCUACAGUCACUUCACAAAGUCGAUGGAUGACGGAGUCAAAGAGCUGCUGAACGUCGGACACUCCCACUGGAAACGCUGCACGGACGUAUCUCUCCCUAAAGAGUACCGGAGGAUCGGUCGAGGCUUCAGGAACCUUUCAGCUGUUUUCAUCAGCAGCAAAUAUCCAGGAGAGGAGACUCUGACUGACGCUCUGUCGGCUGCUGGACAAACAUACGAGGAGAUCGCUGAGAUCGUCGCUGAGCAGCCUCAGAAGGACCUUCACUUCCUGUUGGAGACCAACAGCGAGUACAAAGGCCUGCUGGGAUGUUUCCCAGAAAUCAUUGCUGUACACAAGGCUGCAGCGGAGAAGGUGAAGGAAGCCGACCGUCUGGUUUCUGCAGGAAAAAUCACCAACAACGACAAGAAGACCAUGAACCACCGACUCAGCUGCAUGAGCUACUCUCUGCAGGCUGAGAUGAAUCAUUUCCAUAGCAACCGUAUCUAUGACUACAACAGAGUGAUGCAGCUCUACCUGGAGCAACAGGUGACCUUCUACCAGCAGAUCGCUGAUAAACUGAGAGGCGCUCUGAAGCAGUUUACUACUCUGUGAGGAUGACAUCACUCUGAAGUCACUGCACGAUGACAUCACUGUGACAUCACCGCCCGAUGACAUCACUUCACUUUUAACAAGAUAGAAAAGUCUGUUACAUCAUUUUAUUUAAAAACAUUUUGUUUGUUUGAUUCUUUCUCGUUUUAAAAAUAUUAAUAUUUUAAUGUAUUUUUCACAUUAAACUCAUCUUUGUA